AAGAUCUGGCAGCAAAUGGAGAACUUACUUUUGAGGAAAUACCGACAGUAAAAACUAUAAAAGGAUGGAUAGGAAGAUAUAGUGCAAAUUUCAAAAAGGACGCAUCAGAAAAAGCAAUAUCAAAAAAUAAUAGUGACGGUAUAAAGUUCAGUGAAGGCAGCAGUAAACGGCAAAAAUGUGACGUAGAACAUAAUUGA